CACCCGAGCUCUGGGCAAUGGUCGCCUUUUAUCUUGCCCGCCUGGAUCAACCGGCCUGGCAAGGCUGGCGCCUUCGCCAGCUGAAUCGGACCUUCAAGAAUGCAAUAGAAAGCUAUUACCAGGAGCAAUACCUGCAGAAAGCAUGGCUCCUGGUUGACUGCAGUGAUUUCCUUUCCUCCCGCUAUGAUGUGUUACGGGAAGAGUAUCAUUUUGCUGGUGUUGAUGGGCGGAUGGUGCUGUUAAAGAGCGACGGGAUAGACCUUGACAGACAGAAGGAAGUGGAGUCCUUCCGUCGCAUCGAUGAAACGGUGUCCACCUUUCCUGAACGAGGAUAUAACCCCUUCCGACUGCUGUUUGUUCCCAACGGAGCCACCGACAUGAUGCCAAUGGAUCUGUUGUUCAUGAAGCGCACCCCAAACCGCUACUAUGCCUUUGACUGGCGGGUAUAUUUCUCGACUCUGUUCUACGAGUUGGAGGAAAUUGAUCGCCGGAAGAGUGAAUGGGGGGAAUCCACUCAAGUCGGUCUCUCAAUCCGUCUGCAACAGACGGAGCUGACUCCACCCGAAGUCGUCCACCGCUUGACUGAGGCAGCCGGUACGCUCAAUGUCGGCCUCGACGGGCGACUGCGGGAGCUGCGACGGCGACGGCGCUUUCGGCUGGGAAGCCGGUCAGGCCAGGUUCCGCUGGGCUCUCAGCGAGUGUACUUUGCCAUUGUGCAGGAACGCUUCUGUGUCUUGGACGAGGAGUAUGUGGCGGGGAGGUUAUUCCGGGAGCAGGUCCGAUUAGCAGAGAGGGGAGUUUAUCUCGAGUGGUGAUAGCAGUCUUGAGCUUGGUUCCAUGAUUAACGAAUGAAUAUACAGUUCAGAGCAUUGGUUAAC